UCCAUAGUUCACGAAGGAACAACUCAAACAACGAAGCAUAGUCAAAGAGGGGGAGUGUCCCCAAAUAGGAAAAUAGGUAACACGAGCUUCGCAACCAUAAUAAGCAAAAACUCAUAACAUGUCAUUAAGGCCACCAAAUAGCUCCCACAAAAGGGUAUGAAAAACAGACAUUUCAUCAAACACCUUGUGGGCAUGAAUAAGAUAAACAUGAAAAAUGCCCAAGUUCACCACACAAGGGUCCGAUUAAUCAAGAAACACAAUCCACAACAUGUCUAAUACUCAAUCCUAGCCUUCCCCUUGGUCAAUUUUCUACCAAUUCAUGCAUGCUAGUGUAGGGAAAGGUAAGGGGAAGGCAAGAGAAGCAACAAAUCGCCAAAAUUCUGCCCGGAAUUGCUCGUCAGAGCCUCGUCGGAAAUCAACUCCGGCGACCCAUACCCGAUCAAAGCGCCUGAAAACGACGGGGGAGGCCGGCAAGGGGGAGGAAGGAGAGGUUCAGAGGUCUAAUUCGCGAAAAACGACCUCAAAUGGCCAGAAAAACGGCGGGAGAUCGAGAUGGCGCGACUUUCCGGCGAGGGGGGAGUUUUCCAGCGCGAUUUGGGGGAAAUUGAGGUUGCACGGCCGUACACGACCUUUUAUAGGCGCAAGUGCGACCUACACGGGUACCACGUACGGUCAUCUAAUUUUGAAUUAUGACCAUGCGAGGCCGAGGAAAAAGUACAACAUGGCCGAGAGAUUCGCAAGGCCGUACCAAGCCCCCUUCAUGCCCAUGCGUGUUUUACAAAGAGAUGCACAAGCAGGGCUGAGUUUUUACGCGGCGAAGUGAUCUCAAAACCUGGUCGUGCGAGGUUGAGGAAAACGUAUGGCAUGGUCGAGUGUGUCCCACGGCCGUACUUAGUUCUCCUCGUUCCCAUGCGUGCUUUCAAAAGAUACGCACGGGAAAGGGCGAAUUUUACACAGCCGUGUGGCCCUUGGACCUGGCCGUGUAAAAUUCCGGCAGCCCCCGGUUCGCCCUAUAUCUUUAGAAAACAAGACAUCCAACUCCUUCGACACAUAAGACAUGACUCAAAGACCAAAAAGGAAAAGGAAAAGGGAAAGCAAUGCAAACCAUGGUGGGGCUGCCUCCCCACAAGCGCUUUCUUUUACAUCUUUAGCUAGAUGCAGUCAGCGUAACUAAGGGUCCGCGAGUUCAAUCACCAACUUUGCACGUUCGACCUUGCCGCCCAGAUACAGCUUGAGGCGGUGGCCAUUGACUUUAAACGACUUAGUUUGUGGGUUGGCAAUCUCGAUGGUGCCAUACGAGAACACAUGCGUGACUGUGAACGGUCCCGACCAAGUGUCGCACUAGAAAGUGGCCAAGUGUAACCACCUACUAAUGCACAGUAUAGCGGGUUUAGCUUUAUUUGUCAACCCGGAUCCUAGGUGUGGUGACUACUCCGUGAAAUUCUAGUUAUUUAGCUAUUUAACUGUAGCGAGGUUGUAAUUAAACUAAGCAAACACUAAGCAAUAAAGGUUGUGGUUCAAGUUUGAGAGAGGUCACCCGGAUAUGGUUUCGCCUAGAUUGCAGUUAACCCGAAUUGUAAUUCACCAAGCCCAAAUUUAAUGACAGUUUUACUGUGGAAAGUUCUUAUUCAGUCUAAAGUCUCGACUAAAGGUCUCGAAACACUCAGUUUGAAUACCAGGCGGCGACUAACCUCCACCGGAGUAAACGAACUGAGGCUCUAACGUGCCAAACCUCCUCUACUGGAGAAAAUUCCGUAUAGAGCAGUGAAUUGACUCCUUGACUAAAGUUGUCAAUUCACCACCUUCAAUUAAGAGUGCUCUAUCAACCUAGGCAUAUAUUCUCUUUCUAGGUCAAAGCAAAAACUACAAGAAUGUGAUCAGGAAUCAAGCAAUUCAGAAUUCAUGCCUCAAUUGAAUAUAAUCAAUGUCGAAGGAUCUUGUACUUGGGUUCAUAAAUCAAACCUAACAUACAAAUCUAGAGUUCUUCAUACCCAGGAGAGAGAGGGAGUUUACUUCAUAGAGAGAGAAGGAAAAUCAGCUUUAGAUGCAUAAAUCAUCUCGUGGAGGAUGAUAAUCAGCUUCUGGUUGUCAAUCGGUGCUUCUCCAGGCUUCAAUCAAGCUCCAAUCUAUGUCACCUUAGAGAGUGAGUUUGUCACUUUCUCUUUCUAAAACUCUGUUUCAGCUCUCCAAACUCGGAUCCCUUCUGCAAAACCCAAAUUGGGUUAAAACACAAUCAUGCCCGAUUACACGGCCAGACCACACGGCCGUGUAAAAUCCAUCUUGUCCGUGUAAAUCCCGAAACGCAGCGUUGCACUUAGUUGGUCGAGGGAAUCACACGGCCAUCGCACAACUAUGUAAAAUUUGAUCUUUCCUGUGCAACUCUUUGGAAAACUAACACGGCCAGAGGGUGCCCUUGCACAGCCCGUACCACUUAUGGCCGCGUAAAACCACUUGCACGGCCACAACACACGACCGUGCAGAAUCAGCUCUUGCCCGUGUAAAUGCCUCAGCUUCCCAUCCUAACUUCGUCCAAUCGACCCCGAACUCGUGCCCAAACUAUCAUUCACAUACUAGGACCUGAAAUAUCACUAAUAAGAGCAACCUAGCGUGAAAUUGGUUUAAAAUACAAGAAAUGAGCCUCAAACAGUAUAAGAAUGGUGGACAAAAUACGUGCAAAUAUCGAGUCAUCAUUGAUCCAACCGUAUUCUCCACAAUUAUUAUCUUUUUGUUAGUCAUCUUUCUCUUUAAAGGUUUCCUAGCGGAAGUAGGCUCAACAACUGGCUCUGAUACAAAAUGAAACAUCAUAAUCCUU